AUGCCUUCUCAUAACACCCUUGGCAAUGGAGAGUGGUUGCUCACUGGCAACAGUCUCUGGAGCAACGAUGGUUCUGUCGAAUUCAAAAUGCAGGCGGAUGGCAAGAUCGCCAUCUACUGGGGAGGCAAAUGCCAGUGGCAGAACACUCCUGAGCAGAAGGACAACGUUAAGGGCAUCCAGAUGCAAGGAGACGGCAAUCUUUGCAUCUACGACAUGAGCGGCAAAGCCAUCUGGCACACCAACACAGCCAAUCCUACCGGUGACAGCACUUGCAUCAUCGCGGUCCAGGACGAUGGUAACGUGGUCAUGUACAAGGGAACUCCUAUCUGGUCUAGCAAAACCCAGAAGAAAUAA